CAGUGUGUGCGGUAAUGGAUGUGUUGUGGCUGAACACACCGUCUCACAGGCCCUGUCCCCCGGGGUGAGCAGAGGAGGGGCCACAGUGGAGCGGAGGCGGGGCGCACGGUGCUACGGCUGAGUGGAAGGAAAGUGGAAAGUGAGAAAAUACCUGAAUGGACAAUCUGCAAUAAAUCCCAUCCACCUCAGCUCUCCUGCUGCAACUCUCCCGCCCACCGUCCUCUCCCACCCCUCUCCUCCUCUGUGUAGCCUCCCCCGUCGUCCCGCCUCCCUUCUCCCGCUCCCUCCUCGUUGACCUCCAAGAUAGAUUCCCUCAGGAGUAAGGUUGACCUGCUCAAGCUUCCCCUGGCGCUCUCCACCAAGUCCAUCUCCGAGCGCAAGAGCCAGCUGGGAGGAGUCGGCGAGUAUCGCGGCCCGGGGGUUGGAGGAGGAGGCGGGGCUCGUAAAGUCCGCUCACCGCCGACCCGAGACAUGGACAACGAGUCCCAGUACUCGGGAUACUCGUACAAGUCCUCGCACUCCAGGAGCUCCCGCAAGCACAGGGAUCGGAGGGAUCGUCACCGCUCAAAGAGUCGAGAUGGCAGCAGUCGUGGAGACAAAUCGGUCACCAUCCAGACUCCUGGAGAGCCGCUACUGGACGCCGAGUCGACCCGCGGAGAUGAGAGGGACGAUAACUGGGGUGAGACCACCACGGUCGUCACCGGCACCUCCGAGCACAGCAUCUCUAACGAGGACCUGACCCGCAUCACCAAAGAUCUGGAGGAGUCGACGCCGCUGGAGUGCAAGCGCUUCGUGGGCCCGGCUCUGGGAGGUUGCCUGAGCUUCUUCGCUCUGCUCACCCCGUUAGCCUUCCUCAUCCUGCCGCAGGUGUUGUGGCGCGACGCCCUGGAUCCCUGCGGGACGCCCUGCGAAGGCCUCUACGUUUCUUUGGCCUUCAAGCUGCUGGUCCUGCUCAUUUCCUCCUGGGCGCUGUUCCUCCGGCCUCCUCGCGCCACGCUCCCGCGCUUCUUCGUCUUCCGCUGCCUGCUGAUGGUGCUGGUGUUCCUGUUCGUGGCCUCCUAUUGGUUGUUCUACGGCGUGCGGGUGCUGGAGCCCCGGGAGAGGGACUACAGGGGGAUCGUGGAGUACGCUGCUUCGCUGGUGGACGCUCUGCUCUUCAUACAGUACCUGGCUCUGGUGCUGCUGGAGGUCCGACACCUGCAGCCCGCCUUCUGCCUCAAAGUGGUCCGAAGUACGGACGGAGCCAGCAAGUUCUACAACGUGGGACACCUCAGUAUCCAGCGGGCCGCGGUCUGGGUGUUGGACCGUUAUUACAGCGACUUCUCCGUCUUUAACCCCGCCCUGCUCAACCUGCCCAAGUCCAUCCUGUCCAAGAAGAUGACCGGCUUCAAGGUUUACUCUCUGGACGAAAGCACCACCAAUAACUCUUCAGGUCAGUCCAGGGCCAUGAUAGCAGCAGCUGCCCGGAGGAGAGACAACUCCCACAACGAGUUUUACUACGAGGAGGCCGAGAUGGACCGCAGGGUCCGCAAACGCAAGGCCAGGUUGGUGGUGGCGGUGGAAGAAGCCUUUACACACAUCAAGCGUUUCCACGAAGACGAAGCUGCCUCGUACCUCAAACUCCCCCGAGAGGUGAUGGAUCCUCGGGAAGCGGCUCAGGCCAUCUUCGCCCCGAUGGCCCGAGCGAUGCAGAAGUACCUGCGCACCACCCGGCAGCAGGCCUUCCACAGCAUGGAGAGCAUCCUCACACACCUGCAGUUCUGCAUCACACACAACAUGACGCCCAAGGCCUUCCUGGAGCGGUACCUGAGCCCCGGCCCCACCGUGCAGUACCAGCAGCAGAACGGCAGGGGGCGCCAGUGGACUCUGGUGAGCGAGGAGCCGGUGACCUCGGCCCUGCGUCAGGGUCUCAUCUUCUCCCUGCGUCGCCUCGACUUCUCUCUGGUCGUCACGGUGAUGCCUCUCCCCUUCCUGCGGCUCGGGGAGGAAUUCAUCGACCCGAAGAGCCAUAAGUUCGUGAUGAGGCUUCAGUCGGAAACCUCGGUGUGAAUCUUUUUUCCCCACCUGACGGGAAAUGUGGAGGCCAUGUGGUCCACUCACAUCCAAUCCACUUCCUGUCUGUGACAAAUAAACCAUUCAAGGAGAGAGCGAAUCCCUCCUCCUGAUGUAAAACUGCUCAAUGAUUGAUCAAACCUGGAAUAUAACGGAUGCCUUCUGUAAGAGACUUUUUUUUAUAAAGGGGGAUUUUCUCCUCUUUUGGCUUCUCCUGUUGCUGUAACCACUGGACUACUUCACUGUGCUGACUCAACUCCAGAAAGUAGGAGGGAGAUUACAUCACAUUUGUCAUUUCCUCUUUCUCAAAGACAGACAGCUCUGAAUGCAGCGCUGGUGUACCACAGCCUCUUGGUUCCCUCUCAAUGUACCGUUUCAAGAAUACAAGGACAGUUUUUUAUAUUAAAGGGUGUGACUUCUUUUUUCUUUACUCACAGAAUGUAGCAUAAUGUGGAUUGAAUUAACACGUGGCUUUUCCGCGGCCUGAAGGCCACAAUGUCUUCUUUUUUAUGUGAAAAAUGGAGGUACAUUCCUCAGCUACUCCAAACUGUAUUUACAUGAUUGUCUUAAUAUGCAGGUUCUCUUUAAAGCACUACACUGGCAACUUAACUACCCUUUUACAAAGACGACUAAACCAAGACCCCAUAUACGCCUGUUAUCAUGCAAACUUUACCUGCUUAUCUGAUCUGUCUAUAAGGAUUUUAAAACCUGGUAUUAUUCAGAGUUUCCUUAAUGUGAAAAACACCAGAAAACCAAGAGUGUGUUUCAAAAACGUUCAGUCGUUCCUACCCUGUCUGGGAGUUAAAGUUGAUUCUUUUAAAAUGUACCAUAAAAGGCGAAUAAGUUACCUAAAGAACAGGGCACAAACAUGACUCAAUUAGGCGCAAAUUAAGCAUUUACCAGGUACUAUUUUCAGUCGCUGACUAACAUGUCCUCAUGGGUAUUUACAGCAUAAGGAAGUCUGUGUGAGAUUAACUUUCAGCCCCCAUGUAAUGAAACAGUGGGACUGAGUUUUCUAUGGUUUUGGUGAACAGACAAUAUCUUUUCAGAGGAUUAAUUUAUAAGCCAAUUAAUACAGAUCCGCUCUAAACUUUACCGUGUUCUUCCUAGGCCCAUGAUGGACCUUUCUAACAAGUUUCAUAACAAUCAGGCCUUACGUUUUUCAGUAAUCCUGCUGACAAACUGAACUCAAACCAACAGCUUUGCAGGGAUCAUAGACAUAGGUUUUUUUUUGGAAAGUCACCAGAAAACAAAAUCAUUUCCUAAAAGAAAACAUUUGUGUGAGCAGUCUAAAAAUGCAUAAAUCUAUUUAAUAGGAGGUUUUCUCUAAAGACAAUACGAUGGUGACUUGAUCAAAUGAAUCUGGCAGCCUUCUUUACGUCAUGAGUAGUUCUUAACACUUUUAAGACUAAUUCUUCCCUUUGACUUUUGAAUGCACCUUUUUUUUUCAUUAGUCCCUGAGCUCUGCCUGUCCAACUUAAUAUUUAUAUCCAAUCACAACUCAGAAUUAGGACAACAAGAGCUACAGCUAAUGAAACUGUACAUAAAUGCAAAGGCCUGUGACUCUCUGUCGUUAUGCAGAUAGGGGAGACAGGUAAACAACAGGUCUAAACGAGGUCUUGGUUAAUUCCAGUCUUUCUAACAAUCCACAUAUUUGAACUCAGUCCUGAACACACCACUGUAGCUGGUCCCUAUGGGUUUUUUUUAUCAUGCAUUUCCACUUGUAUCCCAAAAACCAGACGUGUGAUUGUAGCUCUUCUGUGCAGCUCCUCUGCAGCGUCACCGACUCGCCUUGUGUGCUGACACACACACACACACACACACACACACACACACACACACACACACACACACACACACACACACAGUGCUGCUCUCCAUCCGACGGCCUUACUCUGCCUCCUCCAGGUCCUCAAACCCGACUGUAACACCAAAACACUCCCGAUGUCGAGACGUGAGCCGAUCCGUUGCAUCUACCUACACUUUGUGGAGCCAAAACACGACAGACUGUUUGCUUUUCCGGAGAAAAUAUGGUUUAAGAAGCCUUUUACAUUUCUAAAAACAGCAAACAUCUGUUGACAUUUCACCCGAGUGAUCAGAAUCUUUCAAAAAGUGCAUGCUUGAGUUGUUUCAGGCUCCCAGUGCUUUUCUAUGAUACGUUCUUUUCUAUCAUUUUGACGGUGCCUAAGUUAUGACGAUGCAAUUUCCCUAAUGUUUUUACUUUUGGAAAAACAAGUGGCUUGUACAAAUUUUGUAGAUUUUGUCUUGUAUUUUCUUUCUCUUUUGGUAACUGUAGCUUGUAUAGUGUCAUAGGCCUUUUUCCACUAUUAAACCAUUUUAUUCCUUAUAA